GUGUCAUCUGACUGGAGAUGAAAUUAAAUUGAUAUGAGUCCUCCCCGCGAAUGGGUACACUACUACUACUAGUCCAAGUGUCGAGAAGUUUCAAGAUGUUGAAGGUGUCUGAGAAUUGGCAGCUCAAGGUGGGCGAUGCAAUGCCGAUUACAGUGACCGUCAUCUUGCCGUCGUCCUGACUGCCAUCUAGAUGCCAAGCAAAGUGUUGUCGUGAGCCUAGUAGGAUUGCAUGUUGGAGAGCAAGAUAAGUUCUCGUCCUGCUCCACAAAACCGAAAGAUGCGUGCUGCUCUCCUUGCUGUUUCGUCGGCUUCGGCCUUAGUUGCUGCGUCCGCGACCGAGCAAACCCCGAUUCAGAAAGUGGUUGGUCUGUUGCAGCAAAUGGCUCAGAACCUAGAGGACGAAAAGAAAAAAGACGGAGAAUUGUACCUAUCUUCAGAUCUAGAAGGCUAGAGUGUAGAUCAAGACUUACUUCGACUUCCAGCUUCAAAUACUCAUGCCUACGGUCCUCCUCUCGUCGCAUCACAAAAAGUACAACAAGUAGAACAAUAAACUUAAACAGGUACUCGGAUCUUCAGUGUUGGUGCAAAACGAAUAUCAAGGACAAGACUAAGGCCAUAGCUGGUGGGAAAGCAGCUGCCAAAACGCUAGAAGGGGAGAUAUUCGAAGAGGCUGGCAAAGUUGGUGAAUAUGAAAGUUAUGGCUCCACUUCAGGUUCUUCUCCUUCUGUUGUUGCCUAAUCGUAAAAGCAAUCGAAUUAUAUAUGGUACUAAGCAUGUUGAGGACGAAUCUUCAGCAAAGCUACUAGCUUUAAGCUUCAGCAAAGCCAAAGCUAGUAGUUGAAUAAAGAAAUUAUAGAACAACGAAAGGUAAUGAUAAUGAUCACGUCUUCAGGGAGUGGGAAAUCUUCGGAAACGUUUCCAAAACCACUCCACUGUGAUUUUCAGCUCUGCUCGAGAACCAUCCUCCAAUUUCAAUUGUCUAGCUGCUCUCUCCCCCGCGUCCCCUACUUCUAAUCCGUCAACGCCAAGAACGCCAAGAAGAAAGUGGCCAAGCUAGAACAGACUCUUGCGGACUCAGAAGAGCAAUGCGAAGCGUCGAUGAAGGAUAUGAGACAGGAAGAAGCUGAACUGGCCUCGACCGUUGCAGCACUAGACAACGCAUUGAAAAUCCUUGUUAUGGCGGAACAAAUGGAAUGAUGUUUCUCCUAUUAUAGUCUAAGAAGUAUUUCUUAGUUGAUGUACUCGUUCAUCUUUCCAGGUAGUUUACGUUUCCGGACCUCCGUAAAGGAGUUGUACCGUAGAAGAAGUACUUUCUUUUCUCCUCGUAUCGAAGGAGCUCGAUAAAUCAUUGAGACGGUAGCUAGGGGUAGUACCAGCUCCUAGUAUGAUAACCUAUCCUAUCCAGGGAGGUCAUCUGCAUGAUAUAAUUAUGUAACAAGACAGGAGAACUGGAUCUACGUAUAGAAUGGCAUUAUCUGCUGAUCUAUAUCUUGCCGAUUAUAGCAUGGUGUUAUAAUAUUUAUAGAAUCAAAAGGAUCUACUCUUCUAAUCCUCGCAAGCACCAGUCGUUGUUGCAGACCAAUCCAGAGGUGGUUUCAGCCUUACAAACGACUCUGCACAUCACGAACCAGAAAGCACGAAUCAUGUACGGAAAGGACUACAGCUCAAACUUUGGAGGCAAGAGUUUCUUGCAAGCGAGCACGGGAGCCGAAGCCAAACUCGGACAAGCACUUAGUGGUCUUUUGCUUAUACUACUUUUUUCUUUUCGAAUUGGAUUCAUUUGGAUGGGUUUUCGUGAUGGAAUGUAAAUUUUCAAUUUGGGUGGGUUUCGUUUUCCAUCAUCUUGUACUACAACAACAACAUCAUCUACAUCCAUGGUUUCCUGUCGCUCUUCCAAACUUAAACUGUGGAACAAGAAACACGAAAUAGACCUCAGGUUCCUUCCGCCCUGUUCUGGACGAGGCCUCUGCUUCCUCUGUUUUAGGCGCUUUUGUGCAGAAAGCUGGGCAUUUGGGUAAAUAUCAGAGUGGUAGUGGCCAAGUAUUUGGUAUCCUGAAUUCCAUGAAAGACGAGUUCUCCGCAGAUUUGGCUGAAUUACAGAAGAAAAUCGAAACCGAGACGAAAGCCUGCAAAGAGUUGAAGUUAAGGCUACCGUAAAGAGAAGUAGGGGUGUAAGUGCUUAAUAUGAGAAGGCGCCAUUUUUUAUGAAUCACGUCUGAUAAACCACGUAGUACACUGACUGUGUGUACUACAAAUAAGGGCAGCUGCAUUGUCGUAGAUUACAAAAAAUUGAAGGUGGCAAAUCUUCUAACCGAUACAACAACAACGGCUCAGCUGGAUGCCUCACGAAAGAACUUUGAGGAGUUUACUGCGAAAGCAGGAAAGGCGAAGUUCUUAGGGACAGAAGGCAAAGAGGAGCUGAAGAAGAUCCGCGCUCAAGUCGAUGCCGAUACAGCAGUGUUGCUGUUAAGAAUCUUGUUGACGCUGAAGAGUUGAGAAUGAAUUAUAGUCUAGAAUGAAUACUAGAUAUGUCUUCAAUGAUGUCUAGGCUAAGGCUUUCGUAGAGCUGGAGGAGCUCUAAUCUCAGAAGUUAAAGAUCAGUGUACCAAUAUCGACGUUGACAUGAAGCUCCGCACAGAAGCGAGGGACGCGGAAAUCGAUUAUGUUGAAGUUGAUGUCCAAAAAAAGUAGAAGAUUAAUUAGAGUUGCUCUUGGUGUUGAUACUGGUCGUAGUGGUUGUUCGUAAAUUUGGGUGGCUAGAUGGAUCAUUGUGUACCUCUUGCGAAGCAAGUAGUGGUUGUGUCAGACUGUUGCUCUUUAGCUUUCUACAGGGUCGGUCUACAGGUUACUAGAGUUUUCUUUUUUCGCAUCCGCUACCGCUUCGCAGAACGUUGUCGUUGUGUGAUUGCUAUGAACGAACUUGAACUCGAAUUAUAGCUCGUUUCUAAUCUUUAGCUGUCGGAAAGGCUUUGGAGAUCCUCACGUCUGACGAAACCCGCGCCGCUCUUCAGCCAUCGGCCUUCGGCUUCGUGCAAGUGGCUGCGCGCACCUCUUCAAGCGAGGCAAAGAGAGGAAAGGCUGCCAGGGUACUCCUUUCAUAUGAUUGCCCUGACUGCUGCAACACCAGAAGGAGAACAGUCGCGCCUGGGGUGCUCCCUUUGCUAGUUCUAUUAUUUGGCUGGCUCCUGUUAGUAAAGACCAACCGAAUUCCAUUACUGCCACCACUUACUAGGUUCUCCAGCACACCUUGGAUUCGCUGCCUUCCUGGGAUGAGGUUAGCAUGGAUCUGCAAAGCGCCAAGAUCCAGUCGAAUAUGAACACGCAGAAAGCUAAGUUGGCCUUGAUCGCUCAGUCUGUGCGCCUAGACGCCUUUACAAAGUUAUGCUAUUUAGAAUAAAGAGGUUGAUGACGAAAAGAAAGCGUAAUCCUCAGCCUCUAGAAGAAUUUACAUUUAGAACAAACUACUGCCACUGAUGUCCAUGGAUGUCGAUGUCUCAAGCGUAUAAUUGUACAUGUACGUAGUUGAAGUUGUCCAAUGAAAUACUUUGUAGUCCUCCUCCUCCUCAUCGAUUCUUCUAACAUUAGUGAAGGAAAUGAUCGACAAUUUGGUGGCUGAUAUCAAAGCGCAGAUGGCUCUCGACGUCAAGACCCGGGACGGGUGCACUGUGAACAUUCAAACGAACGAAAAUUAUGCCCAUGACUUCUGCUUUUGUCAAUGGACAUAGCACCAGACACUAGAUACUUGUUCCACCUGUGAAUCGUCCAAUUCUCCGAAAAUUCUUUCUGCUCUCUAUAACCCAUGUACAAUCUAUUUUCUACUUCUAUCUUACUUCAUCGUCUAAGCUACAGAAACAGUUGCAGCCAAGCGUGACCAGCAGUUGGGGGAGGAGAAGAUCGCGUCUUUGGUGGAACAGAUCGCUAAAAUUGACACCGAUGUCGUUGCCGAGAAGGAGUCAUUGGCUGAUACCCUGAACGACAUGAAGAAGGCAGAAACUGAGCGUGAAGUUACGACCAUCUAGACAGUAGACACUGAAUCAAAUUGAUCUCACUACUACGUGAUGUAUAAAUUUAGAUGUCAAGAAAGGGAUGUUGGCGCGGCUCUACAUGAUUCAAGCACUCUGAAGACGUGCUUCAUCAAGAAGAGACACCAGCAUAAAUCUGGAUCGAUAUGAUUACUGUUCUAAUGAACCCGGCAACGCGGAAUUCCAGAAAACCGUCAAUGAACAGCGAGCGAUGCAGAAAGUCCUCGCCAAGGCUUUGAAGGUCCUUAAGGACCACUAUGAACUUUAUGGCACGGGCACUUUAUCAUCAUCCUCCUCCACUUGUUGUUCUAAAAAAUGACUUCCUUAAUAAAUCCUCCACUUCUAAAGCCCUCUGCAGACGGACCAGACUCCGAUGCCAGGCUCCCUCAAGGGCUACAAAGCGCAGGAUGCUUCUUCCGGGGUUCUCGCGAUGAUGGAUAAGAUCAUGGGCGAUUCGAAGGCUCUGGAGGUGGAUAGCAUGAAGACGGAGAAGCAAGCGCAACUGGACUACGAAAAGUACAUCGCUGACUCCAAUGCAGCCUUGGACGCAAGCUACGCAACAAUCGCCUCUCUUGGAGAGGAAAGAGCGGAUAAGGUAUCAUGAUCUCCGUAGAGAAGUAGUUGUUCUCCUGCUCUGGAACAGCAGGAGACUCCUGCUGUUUUAGAACUUAUCGUGUUUGUAGUUUUUGGUAGCUAUGUGCUGUUGUGUCCACAUUGAUUCGAGACGCCUCUACGGCGAUCAACAUGAACCUCUUCCCAAACCUCUUCCAAAGCACUUUCGCAGCCUCUUCCCAAACCUCUUCCAAAGCACUUUCGCAGCCUCUUCCAAAGCACUUUCGCAACCCGCCUCCACCAGGUCGAAGCGAAGUCCGAUACGGAGAGGGAAGUCGCGGACAAGAAAGGCGAAGUCGAAGGCUUAUCCAAAGUAAACACCUCUCUGCGCAACGAUUGCGACUUCCUGUUGAAGUUUUUUGGACAACGCCAAGAGGCUAUGGCCAACGAGAUCGAGGCCGCACAGAAAGCUAAAGCGAUCUUGAGUGGAGCCAAGUAA